CCACCCCCCACAGUCAGCCCGUCCCGCCUGCCCUUCCUCGCCGCCGGGCUGAUCGAUCUCGUCGGUCCCCUCCUCCUCCACCCCACCGUCCUGACUCUUUCUCCCUCCUUCCCUCAGAGAAUGUCCUCCUUCCAGCUCAACCUCAACCCGCUCAAGGAGCCGCUGGGCUUCAUCAAGGUUCUCGAGUGGAUUGCUUCUAUCUUUGCUUUUGCCACCUGUGGAGGUUUUAAAGGUAAAACAGACAUUUCAGUAUCUUGUCCUCAGGAAAAUAAAACAAUUACUGCCACUUUUGCUUAUCCAUUCAGGUUGAAUGAAGUGUCAUUUCAAGCAGUUUCACAGUCGAAUGUGUGUAAUACAGACUGGAGUAGUCAAGUUCUUGUUGGAGACUACUCGUCCUCUGCACAAUUCUAUGUUACAUUUGCCGUCUUUGUCUUCCUGUACUGCAUGGCUGCUCUUCUGCUCUAUGUCGGUUAUACAAACCUCUAUCGGGAUAGUCGAAAAUUUCCCAUGAUUGACUUUGUUGUUACUCUGGUUGUCACUUUUUUGUGGUUGGUGAGCACUUCCGCCUGGGCUAAAGCUCUUACAGAUAUUAAGAUAGCUACCGGUCACAACAUUGUCCAGGAACUUCAGCCUUGUCAUAAUACGGGAGUGAUGUGUCAUUUUAUCUCUGUCACUAGUAUGGGAUCCCUAAAUGUAUCUGUGGUAUGUAUACAGUAUUGUUAAAAGUAUUUUAUUUCCCUUAUUAAAGAAAA